UGUAGCGCGGAAAACAAAAGAAAAUCAAAGCAAAAACUAACCAUGGCACUCUUUCGAUCAAAUCUCCAAAUUUCAAGUAAAUUGUCACUAACCAAACCAAAAGCUCUACUAAGCUUGUUCGAAACCCCGACCGCAAACUCUCGUCGCCAAUUCGCGUCGAGUCACGUAAACGAGAAAUUCUUUCGCUCGUGGUUCCGCAAAAAUGAAGAGAAACCCUCCGACUGCCCAAAAGCCGACAACGUCUUCUGCGAAAGCUCCUGCCGAAGGCGUCUACCCGAGUGUCCGGAACACGUUUGCACCGGUGCGCUGUCCAGGUGCUCCGAAAAAGGAUACGGCGAGCCGAUAAAGCAGAAAAAGAGCAGCUUGUGGUUCAGCCUGAGGGUGAGUCCAGUCGUGAUAAAGGAAAAGCCGUCAAACUGCAAGCCUCUACCGUGCGAAAAGCGUGAGAGCUUCAGAGAGUACAUAUUCGGCCCUGAGAAGCCUCUGCCUCACGCGAACACCUGUCGCAUGGCUUACAAGUAUAAGCAGAUGUGCAGCGCAAACGAUCCACGACUGGAGGACGCGAGGUACCAGACGACAAAGGGCGACGCGUUGCUCUUCACCUCUUCCACGAAGCCGAAGAUCUGCUCCAUCAAAGGGCCGCAGCCGAAAGCACCGCCGCCAUACAUUCCCCCGAGCGCCGUCAUUUGCAAACGCAUCUCCGACUCCCUUUCGGCGCUCGACUGCUUCUGCGCAUGCGUUCCUCCGGAGGACGAGCCUCACUGCCACACGAAUCUGUGUCCGGUACACUCGAAGCCGUUCAGGCUUCCUUACGAGGAGCUGCGACCACGUGACCGACGCAUCAGGAAGUUCUUCACCUGCGAGGAGGGAAUCGCCGGUCAGGACGUGGUUCCGCCGCCGAGACGAGAGACUUGCACCUGUCCACACUUCAAGUGUGAUUCGGCUAAAGAGACUUGUGCCUUGCACGAGGCGCUGAGACUCAGAAGAGAAGAGGUGCAGAAGGUCCAGAGCGACGACGAAGAGGUUAGGAAGAUGUCGAGGUGCGAGAGACUCAAGAUUGUCACCGCUGCGAGGAGGAGGAUGGGCACUGCGGCCUGCGAUGCUGGAUGCCCCUGCGGUGGUUUCUGAGAGAAUCGUUGUAUCGUGUAUACUUUGGAAGAGUGAAAUUUGAUGUUUGCGUUUUUAGUAAUAAGAAUGUUUUUUUUUUAUAUUUAUUAGAGAAAGUCGUAAUAUUAUCUACUUACUUCGUAACAAAAAUGAUCGAAUGUCUGAUGGUCGAUUCUUCGAAAAAAAAAAAAACCACUAUACGGAACAUAUUUGAAAAGGAGUAAAAACCGCGCACAGUAGUCAACGCAUCCGGUUGGAAUUUCGGCUACACUGCGCCAUCUGUGCGACAUCCUUCCAAGCGAAUUUGACACAUGCAGCUCUGCUGCUCUAUCGAUAACGUAAUGGCAUUCGCAUAUACAAGUCCCUGAAGAGGUCGCUACCGUCGUCGCUCUAUAAUAAUUAAGUUAUACCAAACCACGUGAUGUCGCGAGGCAAGUUCAAAGUUGAAAAAUUAGUUCUAACACAAUGCAAUGUUAACUUUUUUAAUUACAAUAAAAAAUGGCUUGUGCGAUUGCCGAAACGCAUUUCACACUUGCGUAACCUCCA